AUGAUAACCAUUGUUGUUCUUGGCGGUGGUGAAGACGAAGAUCUUAUUCAUCUCAAGAGAGCAGAAUAUGAGACUGAAGUUUUACCAAACAUGGAAGGUGUGCUCAAUAACCAGCUGAGCAAGGAUCCCCUUCGCAGGCCCACCCUGUGGGCCAUUCCCAGUCCUGUGGUCCCUAGGGGAGCAGAUGUGACCUUCCGGUGCCAGGGACAUCUGGGGAGUGACCGAUUCCAGCUCUGGAAUGAUGGAGAGCUCAGAGAUGAGAGAAAUGCCUCCUGGCAGCAGGCAGAGUUUGUGCUCAGGAAUGUGGAUAACUUGAGAGAUGCGAGAAGCUACAGCUGCCGCUCUGGGCAAGGGUCCUUUUGGUCAGAGCUCAGUGAGCCCCUGGCCCUGGUGGUGACAGGAUUCCUCCCCAAGCCCACCCUCUGUGCUCAACCUGGCCGCGUGGUGGCCCCAGGGGCCAAUAUCACCCUCUGGUGCUCAAGGCCCAAGCUGUCUUCCCUUGGAGAGGUGACUUUCAUUCUGUGGAAGGGUGGGACCCAGAAGCCUGUACAGCACCAGACCUCAGUGCAUCUCUGGAUUAGCUUCCUCCUCCCAUCUGUGGGACCUGAGGACACCGGGAGCUAUAGCUGUACUUACAGGAAAAGGACAGCAUCUGCUAGAGAAUCAGAAGCCAGUGAGGUCCUGGAGAUGGUGGUGACAGGAUCCCUCCCCAAGCCUUCCCUCUCAGCCCUCCCAGGUCUUGUGGUGGAGCCCGGGAUGCAUGUGACUCUCCAGUGCCGGCAGCCCCCUCAGAUAUUCCUCAGUGGCCUGACAUUCCUUCUGCUGAAGGUGGGAAAAUCUCAGCCCUUGCAGAGCCAGAGCCCAGCUGGGACUUCGGCUGACUUUCCCCUCCUAUCUAUGAGGGCCCAUGAUGCCGGCAAGUACAGCUGUGUCUACCACAGGAGAAUGGCUCCAUACCAAGUGUCUGAUGCCAGUGAGGUCUUAGAGAUCUGGGUGACAGAUGGUCUUCCCAAGCCUUCCCUCUCAGCCUGGCCUGGCCCAGAGGUGGCCUCAGGAUUUGACAUGAUCCUCCUGUGCCAGGGGUCCUCAAGAGGUUCUAGGUUUGUUCUGUACAAGGAAGGAGAAGAGAAAAACCUGCCAAACAUGGAUACCUCUCAAGGUGGGGCCCAGUUCUUCUUGACACAGUUGACCACCAAGGACUCUGGCAAUUAUAGCUGCAGAUACCAAAUCAACACCAAUGGAAGUCUCUGGACACAACAGAGUGACCCCCUGCAGCUCAUAGUGACAGGUGAGAGGAAGAAGCCCCCAGGACCCUCUGGAGGGUAUCAACAACCACUCCCUCCCUCAACUACUACAAGGAAAUUGAUCAGGGCCUUGGCUCUGGCCAAGAGACACAGUGUAAGAGACAACGGAGACUUUGACACUUUCCUCGAUUCCAGGACUUUAGAGACUGAGGGCAGGAGCUGGGUCAAAAGGCUUUCUACUUCUCAUAAUUCCUGUACCUGCCUGCCACAGCACCCUGAGGCUGCUAGAGGAGAAGUCUUGUGUAAGUUACCUGGGCAUGAUUCUGGGGCAGACAGAGGCCGGGUGAAGGGGAUUUCUGGUCCUGAAAGAAGGGAGAAUGAUAAAAGCUUGCAUCCUCCUCAGAUACAGAGGUGGCCAAGAAGAGACCAAGGGAACCAUCGUGGUGGCGGUGAUGAUGAUCUUAUUCAUCUCAAGAGAGCAGAAAACGAGACUGACCCAGAAGUAUUGCCAAACAUGGAAGAACCCCUUCCCAGGCCCACCCUCUGGGCCGUCCCCAGUCCUGUGGUCCCCAGAGGAGCAGAUGUGACCCUCUGCUGCCAGGACCACCUGGGAAGUGAGCGAUUCCAGCUCUGGAAGGAUGAAGUUCUCAGAGAUGAGAGAAAUGCCUCGCAGCAGGAGGUAGAGUUCAUGCUGAGGACUGUGGAUGACAUCAGAGAUGCAAGAAGCUACAGCUGCCACUCUGGGCAGGGGCCCUUAUGGUCAGAGCUCAGUGAGCCCCUGGCCCUGGUGGUGACAGGAGCCUUCCCCACACCCUCCAUUUCAGCUUCACACAACUCCCCAAUAUCCCCAGGAACAACAGUGACCAUCUGGUGCCAACUGUCACCACAGGGACCCUCUCAGGACUACAGUUUUGCCCUGCUGGAGGCAAAGACCGUGGAGCCCUUGCAGAGACAGAGCCCUGUAGUGACUUGGGUUGCUUUCUCACUUCUGUCUGUGAGGGCCGAGGACACUGGGAGCUACAGCUGUAUUUACUACAAGAAGACAAUCCCCCACAGAGGAUCCAAUCCCAGCAAGAUCCUAGAGCUGUCUGUGCUUGGAUUCCUCCCCAGACCCACUCUGUGGUCCCAAACUAGCCUCGUGGUGACCCCAGGGGCCAACAUCACUCUCUGGUGCUUAAGGCCCAAGUUGUCUUCCCUUGGAGAGGUGACUUUCACUCUGGGGAAGGCUGGGACCCAGGAGCCCUUACAGCAGCAGAUCUCAGCACAUCUCUGGACUAGCUUCCUCCUCCCAUCUGUGAGCCCCGAGGACACUGGGAGCUACAGCUGUACUUACAUGGAAAGGACAGUGUCUGCUAGAGGAUCAGAGCUGAGUGAAGCCCUGGAGCUGGUGGUGCCAGAUGGACUUCCCAAGCCUUCCCUCUCAGCCUGGCCUGGCCCAGAGGUGGCCUCAGGGUCUGACGUGACCUUCUUGUGCCAGGGGCCCUCAAGAGGUCCUAGGUUUGCUCUGUACAAGGAGGGAGAUGAGAAAAACCUACCAAGCAUGGAUACUUCUCAAGGUGGGGCCCAGUUCUUCUUGACUCAGGUGACCACCAAGGACUCUGGCAACUACAACUGCAGAUACCAACUCAGCACCAAUGGAAGUCGCUGGACACAACACAGUGACCCCCUGAAGCUCAUAGUGACAGGAUUUCUCCCCAAGCCUUCCCUCUCAGCCCUCCCAGGCCUUGUGGUAGAGCCCGGGAUGCACAUGACUCUCCACUGCUGGCAGCCCCCUCAGACAUUCCUCAGUGGCCUGACCUUUACUCUGCUGAAGGUGGGGACUCCUCAGCCCUAGCAGAGCCAGAGCCCAGCUGGGACCUCGGCUGACUUUCGCCUCCUCUCUGUGAGGGCCCAGGAUGCUGGAAACUACAGCUGUGUCUACCAUAGGAGAAUGGCUCCAUAUAAGGGGUCUGAGGCCAGUGAGGCCCUGGAGAUUUGGGUGACAGAUGCACUUCCCAAGCCUUCCCUCUCAGCCUGGCCUCAGGUGUUAUCAGGAGCCAACACGACCUUCCUGUGCCAGGGGCCUUCAUGGAGUAGUAGCUUUGUUCUGUACAAGGACAGACACAAGAAAAUCCUGCCGAGCAUGGAUAACACUCAAGAUGGGGCCAAGUUCUUCUUGACUCAUGUGACCCCCAAGGACUCUGGCAAUUACAGCUGCAGCUACCAGCUUGGCACCAAUGAAAGUCUCUGGACACAACACAGUGACCCCCUGCAGCUCUUAGUGACAGGUGUCUUUAUUGCCCUUGUCUUUCUCGGAGUACCUGCCUGCCACAUGAAGCUGGGACCCCCAGAGUGA